AACUUAUAGCAUGACGACACCGCUUGUGUUUCCGAACGACGGCGUCGUGCUCGUGGUAGUUGACCUGCAACAGGCGUUCCUCCAGCCUCCAUACACAACACGCGAGCGUUCUACCCCCCAACUCGAAGCCAACGUCACUCGCUUGCUCUCUGCGUUUCGUCUCGCUUCGCUUCCCGUCGUCCACAUCCACCACCACGAGCCGACGCCUGGGACAUUGUUCAGUCCGGACUCCAAUCCCAGCACUGUCCUUCCGCAGACGUAUGUAACUCCCCUGCCCCAUGAGUCCGUCGUGAUCAAGCACGGCGGUUCCGGCUUUGUUGGCACGAGCUUGGAGGCGCUCCUUCGAUCGAAGAAGUGGGAAGUGCUCGUAGUUGUGGGCAUGUCCACCGUCCAUUGCGUCAGCUCCACCGUCCGCCAUGCUAGCAACUUGGGUUUUCAGGUGUACCUGCCAAACGACGCUUGCGCCACGUUCAACCGGGCGGCGGCCCCUGGCUCCAAAGUCGCAAGUCAGUUUGAUGCGGAAACCAUGCACGCGGUGGCGCUCAGCGCCAUGCACGACGAGUGUGCCAUGGUCGUGUCGACGGACGAAGUCUUGGAAUCGCUUGGCGCGUAGGCGGCAUGAGUACGACUAGUAUUAAUAGUACUAAGUAUUGUCCUUUUACCCAAAAUUUGGACUUUUGUG